AUGAUAAACGCCGUUCUUGUCUUCAACAAUGCCGGCCAGCCUCGGCUCACCAAAUUCUAUACACAGCUUGAAACCAGCGUGCAACAACGCCUAAUCUCGGAGAUCUUCACCCUUGUGUCGAACCGUCCGAACUCGGCAUGUAACUUUCUUCCUCUUCCGCCUCUACUCGCGAGCAGCAGCAAGUCCUCCACGCCUACCACGCCUCACAAUGACACCCCAUCGCUCGUCACCUAUCGCCACUAUGCUACGCUAUACUUCAUCAUAAUAUCAACUUCUACCGAAUCACCGCUCGCCCUCUUGGACCUGAUCCAAGUCUUUGUGCAAGCGUUAGACGGCCUCUUCGAAAACGUUUGCGAGCUGGAUCUCAUCUUCAAUUUCGAGACCCUACAUGCGACGCUUGGCGAGCUAAUCGUAGGAGGCGUGGUCGUCGAGACGCAGCUUGAUAAAGUGAUAGAAGGAGUAAAGGCGCAAGGACGAGUUGCAAAGAGGCCAGUUAAUGAGGGCAAGUCUGGCUUAGGUUUGGGAGGAUUUGGACGGGGAGAAGGGGUCUGGGCUGGAAGAUGA